CUCUUUCCACAGUCUCCACCACCAUAGCAGUGCCGGUCCCUGCUGGUGCAUAAACCUCAAAGCGGAAGCUCGUCUCUCCCCAGAAACAUUGGAGUCGCUGUGAAGAAAAUAUCCGCGCGGCCCCGCCCGCUGUUCCACCAGCAAGAUGGCCCCGCAACGCAACACCACAUUCACAAAGUCCUUUGUGAGACCACGGAACGCCAGAAAUCAGAGCUCAGGCGGCCUGCCGGUCCGGUCAGAGGCUCCACCGCCUUUGAGGCAACCGACUAAGCUGCAGAGAGCAAAGACUCUCACACGCCCCGAGCGCGGUCAGCCACAAGUUCCGCUCAUCAAUCCUGAAGGCGUUGGUCGAGGGGCCACGCGGCAGGGCUCUGGAAGUUGGACCUGUUUCAGCAGAGUUGUCACCUUCUGGGCACCUCCACCAUGUAUGAGAGCUUGUGGACUCAAGGACGCAAGCAGUCAACAGGCGUGGAGAGAAAAAGUGUCUCUGGUGUUCCUAGCCCUGCUGCUUGGAGGCUUUGUUGGCUUCUUCACCAUGGGCCUCAACAAAGUCUUGUGUCCGGCAGCUGCCCAGACUCUACCAAAUCAGCUUGCGAGAGUCGGAAAAGACUUGUCAUCCGCUGUUGGUAUCGCUGGAUGGGACUACAACAUCACAGCAGCCAAGCUGCCAGGUCAAGCUGAGGUCGGCUACAACAUGUACACCCGAGCUAGCGACGCUGCAGGAUACGAUGUCACCCCUCUUCUGAAGCGCACUGCAGCAAAUUAUCCCUCUUGCAGCGGCCUGAAGGGCAAAUAUGCCACCAGCGACGAUUGUUCGCCAGGUCGAGCUGGAUUGCCCGCCUGCCCGCUGGGCGAUCUGACCACUGCGAACCUCCAGACUCAACAAUUGUUCAACACGAGCAGAAAGGUGGGCUACGCGUGGGAGGACUUGGCGGACGGCAAGUAUCCUAACAUGAUCGUCAUCGAUGGAUUCGUCUUGAACAUGCAACCUUACAUCAACGCCAACCCGACGUCGAUCUCUGGAGACGCGGUGGAUGCUGCGAUUCGGCGUGGACUUGCCCAGGAUGCUGCAGGAGGACGAGACGCAACUCGCAUGUUCACUGUGAAUCAAGACCUGAAAAGUGCGAUACCGUGCUUGAAGGAGAAGUACCUCGCAGGUCGCAUCGAUAAGAUCACACCUGGCUGCUUCGUCUCCAACCUGUUCCUCUACGCUUCCCUUACAGUCAUCUUGGGUCUAGUGUUCAUUCGCUUCUUGAUGGCCAUCUGGUUUUCAUGGUUCAUGUCGUGGCGAAUGAGCGCCACUCCGGAUGACUACGGCACCAACCGGUUCAACCACAACAACAUGCCUGGCGGUGCUAUGACCACCGUCGAUAAUCCCGGUCAGGCACCAUGGGCGAACAAGGAGCGACCUACGCCUUCGAAAGCGCCUCGUCUUCGCCAUGACGACUCGGGUCUCACCGCAACAACGACCGCCGCUAAGAUUGGUAACGAGCCCUACGUCGUUUGUCUGGUCACAGCCUAUUCAGAAGGCGAGGAAGGCAUAUCGAAUACUCUGACUUCCUUGGCAGAGACCGAGUAUCCCGAUUCGAGGAAACUGCUCUUCCUCGUUUGCGACGGCAUGGUCACAGGCUCAGGAGAGAGCAUGUCCACACCAGACAUCUGCGUUGGUUUGCUCGAGUCGGAUGCGCGCUUCGGCACUCCUAUGCCCAUGAGCUUCAUCAGCGUUGCCCAAGGAGCAAAGGCACACAACAUGGCGAUGGUGUACGCCGGCCACUACACACGCGGACGUGGUCACCGCACGCCUAUGAUUGUCGUCAUCAAGUGUGGUACGCCUGGUGAAGCAUCGGAGAAAAAGCCCGGCAACAGAGGAAAGCGUGAUGGGCAAAUGAUCCUGAUGAACUUCUUCCAGAGGGUGACUUACAACGAGCGCAUGACUCCACUCGACUUUGAUAUGUUCCGCAAGAUCCACACGUUGAUGGGGGUGACACCGGACUACUUCGAGCUUUGCAUGAUGGUGGACGCCGAUACGAAGGUGUACCCCAAGUCCAUGCGGAUGCUCGUGAACUCAAUGAUGAAGGACCACAUGAUCAUGGGCGCCUGUGGAGAAACACGUAUUUCUAACAAGCGUUCGUCGUGGGUGACUGCCAUCCAAGUUUACGAGUAUUUCAUCUCGCAUCACAUGGUCAAAGCUUUCGAAUCGGUCUUUGGUGGUGUCACCUGCUUGCCCGGGUGCUUCUCCAUGUACCGCAUCAAGGCGCGAAAGCCGGAUCAGGAUUGGGUGCCGAUCAUCGUCAAACCGGAGGUGACGCGCGAGUAUAGCCAGAGCGUUGUGCACACGUUGCAUCAGAAGAAUCUCCUCUUGCUUGGCGAGGAUCGUUUCUUGACGACUCUUCUGCUCAGGACCUUUCCGAAUAGAAAGAUGGUCUUCGUGCCCCAGGCGCGGUGUCGGACAGAGGUGCCACACACAUUCAAGAUGCUUCUUUCCCAAAGGAGACGCUGGAUCAACUCGACUGUGCACAAUCUGAUGGAGCUCGUCCUUGUUCGAGAUCUCUGCGGCACCUUCUGCUUCUCGAUGCAGUUCGUUGUCUUCAUGGACUUGAUCGGAACCGCAGUGCUGCCAAUUGCUAUUGCGCUCACCUACACCUUGAUCGUCUCCUACUGUCUGAACGCUCCCAAGACCUUCGAAGAGGCAAUUCCCCUCAUGCUACUGGUUGCUGUGCUUGGAUUGCCAGCGGUCUUGAUCUUGCUUGCUACCCGGAAAGUUGUCUACGUUGUAUGGAUGGGCGUUUACCUGGUUUUUCUUCCAGUGUGGAACUUUAUCCUGCCCGUUUACAGCUUCUGGAACUUCGACGACUUCAGCUGGGGAGAAACCCGAAAGGUCGAAGGAGAAGGCAAAGACACGGGCCAUGGCGACGAAGAUGGCACGUUUGCUGCUGCUAGUGUGCCUUUGCGCCGCUGGGAGGAUUGGGAACGAUCACGGUUGAAGCGAACCGCACGAGAGGAGAAGCGUAGGCGGGAAAUGGAGAAGCAGUUCGGGCGCGGUUUCCACAACGACCAGUAUCUGGGAGAGCCGAGACCGGACAGCGAUUCUUUCAGCGAUCACGCGAGCAGCGCAGAUCCGGACGAAGACCAAUGGGGUCUCCACAUCAGCGCUUUCGACGAGCACGCACCGCCACCACUUGCCAUUGUCAGGCACAGUAUUUGGGUCGAUGGCAGAGAAGUCAUCUUGGACGGCUCAGAGAUGGAGAAGAUGCUGGAGCAAGGCUGGUCUGAUGACUUUGCGAGCGGACCACCUGCAGACAAGGGACCUCUUGCGCCCAGCGCAGUGAAUGCUCGCCGAAGCGGAAGGUGGUCAAGAAUAGAGGCGCCCGUGCCUUCGAUACCCCACAGGUACAGCCAGUAUCAACGACAGCCGACCGGCAUGCCACCACGAGGCCCUCCUCAAAACGGAUCCUCGCUCGAUCUCAUACCGCCAUCUCCUCACGGUGAUGAUCCGUACGCUCCGCUCGUCCGCGGCAUGUCGCAACCUUCUUCACCUCAUUUUGGCCCUCACGGGACACCCAGUCCGAACGGACAAGCCAAUUAUGCCCGUCCGUAUCCAAAUGGAAACCCUGCCAGCGGACACUCUUCGGGCAUCGAGGGUCGCGACUCUUUCAAUGCCCAGCAUGCUCGACAACGGUCGCAAGGCUCUGGCGCACUCGCUCCUGGAGGCCCUCUGGGCGGUUUCAGACCGCCGCCUCGUUUCUGAAAGCGCUGUAGCUGCCCCACUGGUCGAUCGCCUUGUACAUUCUGCUCUCUUGCAUUGGGCUCCAUCACUUUGUCACAUCGGAUCGGUCUCGAUCAGGCCCUCUUUGGAAGAUUCUCGGCAAGUCGACACUGCGCAUCAACGCGACUAAUGCGGGACGCCGCCUCGUCGCAAGCUAUCCUCCGCUACACUCAUUUGCAAGCAUGAAGCAUUUCUUGAUCCACUCAACAGUCUUUCGUAUCCUCUCCCUCACUUUGUGUGUGUGUGCGUGUGGCCAUCGC